AACGUUACAUUGUUUUGAUUAUCGCUGAAAAGUUGAACAAACUUAGUUUAUCUUGAGUAGUAUUACUUUAUAUUUUUUGGUGUAAUAAAGUGUGAUUCAUGUAUAUAUAUUAAUCAUAAAAAUGAAUACGCCGGCGGAGUUAAGUUUCGAAGAAAUAUUAAAAUUUAUGUUGGCACAUAAUGGCAAGGUUACAAAUCACGAUCUUGUUAAACAUUUUAAAGUGUUUCUAAUGAACCCAAAUAUGAGAGAUGAAGCUAGAAAUACAUUUAAAAAGCAUGUAAAUACUUUGGCCAUUAUUAAAACUCAAAACAAUGAGAAAUGGUUGAUCUUGAAGAAGAAAUAUUUUCCAAGUAAUUUGAAAGAAAAUGAAAAUGAAACCAAAACAGCUGCACCUGUGUCUCAAUUGACUGAGGAAGGUGAAGAAACACCUGAAGAGCCUCCAGCUAGACCUCCUCUGCCAUUACUUAAUCAGGAUUUUAAUAUGCUUGGAUCCAUUUUGCCAGCACAUGACCCUAUAGUGGAAGAGCCCGCUUACCAAAAAUCACCUGUUGUUACCCCUCAAAAUGCAUCACAAGAAAGUUUAAUAGAGGAUGUGCCACCAAAGGUACAUCCUCGUAGGAAAUCAGAAAAAAGUUUAAUUGAAAAAAGUUCAAGAAACUUUUAUGCAAAUCCCCAAAUCUCAAAUAAUGAAACAAUUGAUAUGAAUGAAACACCAACUCUAACUUCUUCUCAAAGUGACAGCAUGCUUGUGGACAGUGAGCAAAAAAUAUCAGUAAAGGAAAGAAAACAAAUGUUUAAUAGAAUGGCUUCUGAGAGUGAUGUGUUGAAAUCCAAUAAGUCUGGAAACAAUACCUCGAGUUUGGACGAGGAAGAUAGAGCUUCGCUGGAUCACAAGGAAACUGAACCGCUGGAUACAAAACAGAAGCAGUGGAUAUUAUACGCGGCCCGAGGAGACUACCAUGUCCUGGCGAAGAUGUGUAAGGAAAAUUCUAAACUUGUUAAAACCAAGGACCCGUUCACGGGUUACACUGCCAUGCACUGGGCUUGCAAAAGGGGUGAUGAAAAUCUGGUGAAACUUUUGGCUGGCAUCCACCGUCACACGGUGAACGAACGUUCCAAUGGGGGUUACACGCCACUUCACAUCGCUAUGCAAUUUCGGCGUGAAAAUGUCUACAGGCUGCUAGUGGAAGUCUAUAACGCUGACCCAAAUGUACGGGAUUGGUCGGGGAAAAAGCCCAGACACUACUUAGUUCAUAUGGAUACCUCCUUAUCUCCGGGCUCAUACAGAAAAAAAGAGGGGUUUCUUCGCAUUGGCUCCCUAAACGUUCGCGUAAAGAAGACGACAGAAGCGUUCAGUAACUUCCUAGGCGUGGGUGCGACCAGGUCUUCAGCGUAUGUGCCGAAGUCAGCCCGAGAGAGAGAACUUGAUAGAAGAUCAGAUGACAGCGAUCAGCUUAAAUCUUGGGGAUCGGCAGAUAAUAUACAGAAAGAAGACAAAAUGCUUCCACCAAUAAAUAACAAGGUUCGCAGGCGCGGUGCGAGCGGAAGACGAGGUGUUGCGUCCCACAGCCGUAGUACGCCAUCUACGCCUGAUCAGCCUCGGGCACAAAUCGGUGUUAACAAUGGUGAUUCAGAUUCCGAUACAGCAGCAGGAUUCCAUUCAGCAUGGAGACAACAACGCGCGUCACAAAGCUAGAUUGAAUAAGAAUUAAAAAUAAGACAAAAAGACUAGACUUUUUUUCUUUUUUAAUAGUACUUUUGUUCAUGUAUGAGAUUAGAAGUGCUUUUUUAUGAUGAAAUUAAAUGUUAUAAUUGUAUGAAAAGUUAUUACAUGUUGGUGUUUUGGCCGAAAUUAAGCAACUAAUAUAUAUUGUUUUAAUUGCCUAAUAGUGUUUUUUUUGUAGUUGUUACAAAUCAAAUAGAUCAGUUAUUUUAACAGCUUUGGCAAUUGUGAACGUGAAUCCUGUUAUAUUUCGUUCGAUACACACACAUUUCCAUAUACAUAUGUUUGUGUGUUUACAAAAAAAUCGCAGCUAUUGUUUGCUUUAUUUCGGGCAAUUUUAUGAACAUUCCUUAGUAUUUUAAUGUAAGAAGAUCUUAAAAUAUCACAAAAAAUAUUUUUAAGAUUUUUGUUUUUUAUUGUUUUAGUUCUAUAAAAUCGAAAAAUUUAUAGAUUUGGCUUAAUUUUCAUAUGUGUAACAUUCCUUUGUAUACUUUUCUUUAUUUAAUUGUAAAAAAAUCUAUUUUAGAGGGUACCUCAAUUAUCUUCAUCCUUCAAGAAAAGACGGUAUCAAUUAAUAAAAUAGUCGCUGUUCUAAAAAAAGAAAAAAAAAAACGCUUUAACUCCCACCACUCAUAUGAAAUAUGUUUGUGCCUAUAUUGCCUAUCUUUGUUUA